AUGGAUGCCACAGGUUUCCCAGAAGCAGACGGGCAGCAGCUUUUUGCAGUGAACAGCACUUGGCUGCCCCCUCAUGGCCACGUUCAAGAUGUUGCCCUGACUGAAAGCGGUAUGAUCAUUCCCUUGUGCCAGAAAGGAUACUUUCCCUGUGGGAACCUCACCAAGUGCCUGCCCCGGGCUUUUCACUGCGAUGGAGUGGACGAUUGUGGAAAUGGUGCUGAUGAAAAGAACUGCGGUGACACUAGUGGAUGGGCGACCAUAUUUGGCACAGUGCAUGGAAAUGUUAAUAAUGUGACAUUAACACAGGAGUGCUUUCUAAACCAUUAUCCAGAACAUUGUGAUUGCAGAGAAACUGAAUUGGAAUGUGUGAACGCUGGUCUAAAGUCUGUGCCUACAAUUUCCUCCAACGUGACACUGUUGUCUCUUAAGAAAAACAAAAUUCACAGUCUUCCAGAUAAAGUGUUCAUCAAAUACACAGAACUUAAAAAGAUAUUUCUUCAGCAUAAUUGCAUUAGACACAUAUCCAGGAAAGCAUUUUUUGGAUUAUACAAUCUGCAAAUACUAUAUCUCAACCACAACAGCAUUACAACUCUCAGACCUGGAAUAUUCAAAGACUUACAUCAGCUAACUUGGCUCAUCUCUAACACUGGAAAUGUUCUGAUGUGUUUUGUCAGAAUUCUAGAUGACAAUCCAAUAACCAGGAUUUCACAGCAAUUGUUUACUGGAUUAAAUUCUUUGUUUUUCCUGUCUAUGGUUAAUAACUACUUAGAGGUCCUCCCCCAGCAGAUUUGUGCCCACAUGCCUCAACUCAGCUGGAUGGAUCUGGAAGCCAACCGAAUAAAGCAUCUUACAAAUUCCACCUUUCUGUCAUGCAAGUCACUUUCAGUGCUGGAUCUGUCCAGCAAUAUGAUGACGGAGCUACCACCCCAUCUUUUUAAAGACCUAAAGCUUCUACAAAAACUGAACCUGUCAUCCAAUCCUCUUUUGUAUCUUCACAAGAACCAGUUUGGAAGUCUUAAACAACUUCAGUCUCUAGACCUGAGAAGGAUAGAGAUUCCAAAUAUAAAUACAGAAAUGUUUCAACCUCUGAAGAACCUGUCUCACAUUUAUUUCAAAAACUUUCGAUACUGCUCCUAUGCUCCCCAUGUGCGACUAUGUAUGCCCUUGUCUGACGGCAUUUCUUCAUUUGAGGACCUCUUGGCUAACAAUAUCCUCAGAAUAUUUGUCUGGGUUAUAGCUUUCAUUACCUGCUUUGGAAAUCUUUUUGUCAUUGGCAUGAGAUCUUUCAUUAAAGCUGAAAAUACAACUCACGCUAUGUCCAUCAAAAUCCUUUGUUGUGCCGACUGCCUGAUGGGUAUUUACCUGUUCUUCGUUGGCUUCUUCGAUAUAAAAUACCGCGGGCAGUAUCAGAAGUACGCCCUGCUGUGGAUGGAAAGCCCACAGUGCCACCUCCUGGGCUUUCUGGCCAUGCUGUCUACUGAAGUCUCGGUCUUGUUGCUGACCUUCUUAACUCUGGAAAAGUUCCUGGUCGUCGUCUUCCCCUUUAGUAACAUCCGACCUGGAAAGCGGCAGACCUUGGUCAUCCUCAGCUGCAUCUGGAUGGUGGGAUUUUUGAUAGCUGUGAUUCCCUUUUGGAAUGACAAUUACUUUGGAAACUUUUAUGGGAAAAAUGGAGUAUGUUUCCCACUUUACUAUGACCAUACAGAAGCUACUGGAAGUCAAGUAUAUUCUCUUGGAAUUUUCCUAGGUGUAAACUUGCUGGCUUUUGUCAUCAUCGUGUUUUGCUAUAUUAUUAUGUUCUGUUCAAUUCAAAAAACCGCCGCACAGACAGCAGAAGUGAGGAAUCACAUUGGAAAAGAGGUGGCUAUUGCCAACCGUUUCUUUUUUAUAGUGUUCUCUGAUGCCAUCUGCUGGAUUCCUGUAUUUGUGGUUAAAAUCCUUUCCCUCCUGCGAGUGGAAAUACCAGGCACAAUCACCUCCUGGAUAGUGAUUUUUUUCCUUCCGGUAAACAGUGCCUUGAACCCAAUCCUCUACACUCUCACCACCAGCUUUUUCAAGGACAAGUUGAAACAGAUGCUAUCUAAACAUCGAAGGAAAUCAAUUUUCGAAAUUAAGAAAAGAAGUUUAUCUGCAUCCAUUGUGUGGACAGAUGACUCCUCUUCACUUAAGCUUGGAGUUUUGAACAAAAUAACAUUUGGGGACAGUAUAAUGAAACCUGUGCCCUAGUAAAGGUUAAAUCUCUUGACCUUCAAAGGAUUACCUGUAACAGGUACAGCUUUUGGAAGAUGGCGUCUGCAAUGCUUUCAUCUUGGUCAGUGGUCACCUUUCUACACAGAGGACACAGCAGAACAACCGCUGGCCCUGCAUUUCAGGGGUAGCUCCACCACCUACCUACUGUGCUAAGAACUACACCAAGGGGCUCUGCUCUGACACUCCUGAUACACACGUGUGAGUUUGUGCAGAGUAGGAUGCCAUGCAGAUCCACCAUGAAUGCUCACAUGUAGACACUGCACAGUCUUCUCCAUCUAGUUGCACUUUCCAUAAAAUAAAACCAUUCAUGGUAUCUUAUUCUAGUGUGACCGUAGUAACAUAAAUCCAACAUCUCUUUCCUUGCUUUUUUAAUAUCAAGUAAAAUCAUUAAGAUCUUUUCAGAGACAGCAAAGAAUUUCUGAGAUGUUCACCCACCCCACGUCCUACCUGUGAAAGCUGCUGGGAUGGCAACUUUGAAAACAGAACUUCAAGCAAACUCACCAUAUCUAACAUGCAGAGAAGCAUGCUGUUAAGCCUACUACCAUUUUCCUUUUUUAGUUUUUAUUUAAAUUCAGAAGUUUACUUUUCCUAUAACUGCCCAGCGUACAAAGGAAAAUCGAGCCUUCCAAUUGCCAAAAUUAUAUGGUAAUAUUUUAAGUAUGAUUUUUAGAGCAGUAUCUCUGUUGCUGUUAAGUUCUCCCUUCAUAGAACAUACAAAUAAGUAUUAAGUAUUAUUUACAAAUAAUACAAAUAAGUAUUAAAGAAGAUCCAAGAAUACUGGUUGAAUUGGGAGCAAUUGCUUAGUGAAUAAAUUCCUUUUUUAAAUUAAAGAACCAGAAUGUUUGGAUUUGUUUCUCAAAAAGGAAAAAUGUUUGUAAAGGCUUGAAUGUUUUUUGUAUUGAAAGUUUAUAUGUUA